AUGUUUGCGCUCUACGUCUUGUUCUCUAUGCGCUUUCAUGGCAGUCUACGAUCCUUCCCUGACCAGACUCGGAAAGUUGAGGAGCCAACUGCUCUCACCAUGUUGAGGAGACCAACCCUUGUCGAAGAGCAACAUAUUUCGAGGUGCGCGUGUACGGAUGUGUAUGACCCUGAGACCGGACGAUGUUACAUGACAGAUCCUGGCCCUAUCCUGUGGUACGGAGGAUAUGGCGGCUCACACCACCGUCAUACGUUUGUUCGUGACCUUUUAGCAAGGAGUGGAGUGAGAAUGAAACAUAUUCAUGUCAAUGAUGGUCAGUACGCCAAUGGUGGUUGUGACAGGACUGUUGUACAAGGGUUUGCAAGUUAUGACAGGUAUUUGUAUCAUUGGCUUGAUUCGGAUAUUGCAUACAAACUAUAUCUUACUUGCAAGCAUGUGCUGCACUCGACUACAGUGUGUCUGCGACGCAAGACCAGCCUUAACACUACUCAAACGAUGAGCGAUCAAUCAAAAUUGCAGGAGAGAAGUUACGUAUGCUCAGUCUUUGACAGCAUUUUGCUCCGCAGUCCUAGCAGAAAAGCAGUGUCAAGCUAUUCACUUUCAAGCAGCGAUGUUCUAACAGGACUCUGGUCUACGAUUGGAAAACCACCUGCACUAUCAAAGAUUCUGCAGCAUGUUUCUUUGUAUCACGUGGGAAAGAUUAUUCCUAUAGGACAAAUCAUCCAAACGUGCGGACUGAUGGGAAAAGGGCAGAAAUGUACACAUGCAAAACGUAAGAUAGCGGCAAUCACCAUUUGCAAGGACGAGAUCAAUACCAUAGUCUUCACGAUUGGUGCGCUAAUUGAGCAUGUAGAUCAUUACAUAGUGGCUGAUACUGGGUCGAAGGACACUACCAUCAACCUACUACGUCAAACUUUCAGUGACUAUCUGGUUUCGAAAAAGCUCUUCAUUCUGACGUUGAAUUGCUCGAUCCACACAUCAAUUGCUCGCAAUGCUGCCCUUCAAGUUGCCCGAUCUUUAUCUUGCGCACAUAUCAUGAAAAUCGAUGCAGAUGAUGUCUUUUAUGACGCCAAUGCAAGAGAGAUGAUGGAAGCUGUUCGUUGUACAAACAAGCCCUUCCAGAAAUUGUGGGUGCCUCAGUAUGAGCUAGUUCAGGGAGACAUUGAGUCCUCGCUAGACUGGCUUCACCUUGUUCGACAAGAAGCCUCGCAGGCCCUGACAAGACAAAUGAAAUCACGAGUGUUCAGAUUCCGACUAGACCAACCAUAUGGGCACGACAGAGUGAUUGUGUUGAGUGACGACCUACAAGCCAAGGGAUCUUGGACUGAUGAGGCGCAUGGGCUCCCUGCAGAAGGAUUUCGCUCGAGGUCCACUGGAGCUCUGGUUUUCUUCGUGACCUCUCCCGCGCUGGCACAUUACGGUUGGGCAAGGCCUCUGGAGUUCUUGUACAAGAAACUUGAGGCCUGGGAGGACCAGAAGGUCGACAAGGCCAACAUGAAGAAGAGAGUUGUAGGAAUGUUAACUCAGCCCUUCCAGACUCAUCCCGAGUCAGUGUUGCGACACGUCAACAGUACGAUCAAGACUGUUGAGCUUCAUCUUAUGAAGUUCGAGCGCAACCUCUAA